AUGACUGUAGACCCGAGACUGGUCUUGGGUGAACCCUGCCUUUCGCACAAGCUGGAGGCCAAGCUGGAAAGUUUGACAGAUGAGAUCAACUUCCUCAGGUCCAUCUAUGAGGAGGAGCUGCAUGAGCUCCAGAGCCAGAUCAAGGACACUUCAGUCAUUGUGGAGAUGGACAACAGCCGUAACCUAGACAUGGACUCUAUUGUAGAAGAGGUGAAGGCUCAGUACGAGGACAUCGCCAACCGUACCCGCGCUGAGGCAGAGUCAUGGUACAAGACCAAGUAUGAGGAGAUGCAGACGUCUGCGAACAGAUACGGAGAUGACCUGAGGGCUACCAGGACAGAGAUUGCCGACCUUAACCGCAUGAUCCAGAGGCUGACAUCUGAGAUUGAUGGAGUUAAGGGACAGGCAUGACUGUAGACCCGAGACUGGUCUUGGGUGAACCCUGCCUUUCGCACAAGGUCAGCUGUGAUAGGCUCCAUUUUGAACAAAUUUCAGGGUUUUCCAAUUAGAGAGUUUGCCCAUAUAGUCCAUACUCAUUUUUGUCGCGGGCCACAUUGUAGUUAUGGUUUCCCGCAGAGGGCUAUUAUGACUGUGAAAGCAUAUAAAUGUUUAAUCGCCGCAUCAUAUUAUUAAAUAUACACAGCAAACUGAUGGGUAACUAGUUUUGAAAACAGAAGUCACAGGUAAUAGUUUGUUCAACUUUUGUUAAAGUAACUGUAAAAAAAGGGUUUGUAACAAAAAAAAAAUGCUUGCAAUAUCUCAACAACAACAA